AUGUCGGGACUCAGAGGCGUCAAAGCGUUUGUGUUUGAUGUAUUCGGCACAGUCGUCGACUGGCGGAGCAGUGUUGUGAAACAGCUGCGAGAGAGCACCGAAGGGAAGGUUGCCACUGGCCAGAUCGACUGGGAUGACUUUGCGAGCGAGUGGAGGGCAGGCUAUUACAAGCUGACCAAUCAUAUCGCCAAUGGCGGAGAAGGGCCGUCGACGAUAGACGAGAUGUAUUACCAGAUUCUGAACUCGAUGCUAGACACGCCGCGAUGGGAGCAGCUGGCCAAACUGUGGAACGAGCAGGAGCGCAGGGAGCUGGUGUUGUUCUGGCAUCGACUAGAUGGUAUAUCCCUGCCGCAUAUGCCGUUCCAUUUCCUCCAUUGUGACCCGCGAGUGCCCACAGGCUGGCCUGAUGCGACCAAGGGCCUCUACGCGCUGAAGGCGCACGCUAUCAUCGGGACACUGUCCAACGGGAACGUCAGGCUCCUUGUCGACAUGGCGAAGCACGCAGACUUGCCGUGGGAUGUAGUCUUUGCGGGCGACAUCCUCGGCUCGUACAAACCCAACCCGAAGAUGUACCUCGGCGCGCUGCAGUAUCUUGCAUUGCAGCCGCACGAGUGCGCGAUGGUCGCAGCCCACAUCUAUGAUCUGCGCGCAGCGGCAAGCCACGGCAUGAAGACCGUGUACAUCCCGCGCCUGGGUGAAGACCAGAGCUUGGAAACGGCGCCGAGGUCUAAGCAAGAUGGCGGCGAAGUCGAUAUCAUCGUGAACUCGCUCGUCGAGUUGGCCGAGGUUUGGGUGCAGGACAACAGGCAUGUGUGA